CGUAAGUGUUGUUCGUUGUCAUAAACAUGGAUGUGAGUCAGAAAAUCGAUCGUCUUGUUUGUUCUUCCAUCACGACAUGUAGCGUCAGCUUCUGGAAACACUGAAGGGGAAACUUAAACUUGAGUCGUUCGCCAGAAAAUUUAAAAAACAAAACAAAAAAAAACCCCGCGGUUUGUUUUUCCUCGACUGAAGAAGAGCUAAAGAUAAACCCACCGAGGAAGUGCUCCUUUUGUCUCCAACGGCUCUUCUUGUUGUUGUUGUUGUUGUUUUUCUUUUACCGUGUCAACAUGGACAUGUACGGAUACAGCGGGGUCUUCUUGGUGAAACGGUUCCUGGAUAACUCUCCAUUUGAAAUCACAAACAUGUCCGACAUCAACAAGGCGAAUCCGCACGGCUGCGAUAACGGAGCUCUGACGGACCGGUUCGGCGUCUUGAUCCAGGGACUCCUGGCCAUCGUCGCCUUCAGCACCCUGAUGUUGAAGAGGUUCCGCGAACCUGUUGGGAUCAGACGGCCGUGGAGGAUCUGGUUUUUCGACACAUCCAAACAGGCCAUCGGUGCUCUGUUCAUCCACUUUGCCAAUGUCUUCCUGUCCACACUCACCAAAGAAGACCCGUGCUCCCUGUAUCUGAUGAACUUCCUGCUUGACGCCACGCUGGGGAUGCUGGUCAUCUGGCUGGCCGUCAAGUUGGUGUCCAAGCUGGUGGAGUACAAGCAGUGGACGUUGCUUAUGUUUGGAGAAUAUGGCGACCCUCCUCAGGCAGCCGCCUGGCUGGGUCAGUGUGGCAUCUACCUGCUCAUCAUGGUGCUGGAGAAAGGUGUGAUCAGCCUGGUGCUGCUCGUCCCCGGAUGGUCCAAAUUGCAGGAGGUGUUGCUAAGCUACAUCGCUAACCCUCAGCUGGAGCUGGUGCUGGUCAUGCUCAUUGUGCCUUUCAUAGUCAAUUCCAUCAUGUUCUGGGUGGUGGACAGCCUGAUGAUGAGGAAGUACAAGACGAUGAAGAGCCUGGACGACUCCUGCGACGGCGCGGUGAAGAAGGCGGACUCGCUGCCCUGGGUGAACAGCGAGGAGUCGCGGGUCCUGCUGACGGUGGAGACGGACACGGACGAGGCUUCGGAGGGGGAAGAGGAGGAGCCCGGCGAUGAGGAGCCAGUCCCCCAUGUGCAUUACUCAGGGGGACCAGUGAGACCCAGCUGGGUGGUGGUGUAAAGCCAGGUGACGUGACCUCCUACUCGUCCACUCUUAAGAGCCUGAAUAUGGACAAAAAAAAACUAAACAAAAAAAAACUUGCAUCCUCAGAUUUAAAGGUCUAAAUAUCCGCGUCUCUGCAAGCACAAUUAAAGGUCAUAUAACCUGUGAAUGUGAACACUACAGCCUUUGCUGCCUUCUUCUGCACUGAAGGUGUGAAUAGUUAUUGUGUGCAUGUAAAAAAUCAAAUAGCAUUUUGGGAAAUUAGAAGCUGUUUGUCCUCUCACCUCGCUGCCUCCGACAUCAGAGUAACCACACCUGACGGUGUGCGGAGAGGGAGAUUACAGAGCAGCGCAGCACCCGCGGGGUGAGACGUACGGGUGGCAGUGACGGAGACUGAAAUAAAUCUCACUGGGGGACUUUUUGGAACGAUGUUGCUCCAAAGAGACUCAUUUAUCACGUAUCAUAUUCCAAAGAGGAGCAAACCAGUGAAGUAUAUCUCUAUAAAUGCUCUAAAAUUUUACUCCGUCUUAUAUAAUCACCUCAAAUCCACCUUUUUAAUUAAGGUGUAAUUAUAAUCAUUCCUGCGUGUUCUCGCUCUGGCUGCUUAUUCUCAGUGAAGACGGAUGAUCAAGUUAAAACCACGCACAUGUUGAUUCCUUGGACGAUGUCGAUAAUGUGGUUAAAUGGAAAAGUUUUUAUUCCUUUGCAACUGGCUGCUUUUAAAGAUGAUGAUAUGUGGGUGGAACGUUGUUUCACGCAAUGGCUGAAAAGUGAUUUUUAUAUUUGGAAUAUACAACAGAAUAUUAGGACCGAUGUAAAAUUAUAUUAAAGUUGUAAUUUUAUGAGGAAAAAGUUCUAAUGUUGAGAAAAAAUAAAAAUAAAGCAAUAAUUUAUGGGAAAAGAAAGAUUUUUAUGAGCUUGAUUCUCAUUUUAGCUUCUUUCUUGCCGAGAUUUAGAUGAGAGCAUCGAUAUGACUCAUGUCAGACACCUGUAGCUUGAGCCAGAUGGUUAGCUUAGCUUAGCAUAAAGGCUUUAAGCUUUGAGCAUAACUGUAGCAUAAAUCUCUAACACAUUAUAUCCUGUUUGUUUAAUAUGAACAAAAACCAAAGUGUAAAAAGGGCACAUUGUGGUUUCACAGGGGGGCAGCUAGCUGUUCCCCCCUGUAUUCAGUCUUUAUGCUAAGCUAAGCUAACUGUCUCCUGGCUGUAGCUUCACAUUGAGAUGCGAGAGUCUUGUCAAUCUCCUCAUCUAACUCUCAGCAAAAAGGAAUAAACAUAUUUUCCAAAAAUGGGAAACUGUUCCUUUUUAAAAUGACUUUAUCUGGUAAGAAUGGCCAUUUCGGUGGUAAUAUUUUCAAAAUAAAACAUCCUUUUUCUCAAAAUGUUAUGACUUUAUUCUUUUUUUUUUCAUAAAAUUAAGACUUUUUAUUUAAUGUAGCUUUAUUUUGUCAAUAUUAGAACAACAAUAAUUCUCAUAACAUUUUGACUUUUUUGUCAAACUCUCCUCUCAAAUCUCAUUUUCCCCCUUUAAUAAUGGUCCUAAUGCUCCUUUGUAGUAACGCUCUCUGUGGGAAGAUGCAGCAGCUGUUUGCAAGUUAUGGCACAUUUAUUUAUUCUGUUUAUAUUUUAUAUGUAUUUGACUUUAUAUAUUGUGGUCUGAUCUGUGGUGACAACAGUGGAAUAUAAGGUUUUUAGUGUGUAAUGUAAACGGGAGAGUUUUUCAGAUCCAUCGCCAAACUACAGUUUUGAGUUCUGAAUGAAUUGAAGUAGGUGAUUGAUGUAUGUUCCUUUUUUUAUAUAUUCAGCAAUUUAUCACCAAAACAUUUCAUUUUACCUGUUUACAUUUAUGGUUUAAAAGCCCGAUGGUUUGACAGAUUCCGUCUGUAAUGUUUUAUUUUGUAAUCCAAUGUAGCUUGUGUAUAUAUAUAUAUAUUUUUUUUUUAUGAAUGAAAUGACAAACGUGGAUGAAAUGUCACAGCACAUCCGUCAUCAGUGUCAUCAACGGGCCGUAAACUGCCACGGUGCUUCUUUACCGAAUGUAUCUCUUGAAUCUGUGCUAUGAAUAAAGAUGAUUGACACAUGAA